GCAGGAUCUAUCAAGGCGCCCCAUAUUCCCCUGGAAUGCUCCUGGUCAGGUCCACCGGUUCUUUUGUCAGAUCUUGGAAAACCUCCUGUAACAAGUCUCAGAGGGGAGCAAAGAUCAGGAGCCCGAUCGUCUACCCCUGGUCCCUGACGACGAUCAGUAACUCGGAUUCAGAAUGGGACAAAGGGAUCCGAAUGUUCUCAGACGUGGGUCAAAAUAGUCUCGCUAAGAGAGUAUCCGGAACUGAAUCGUACAAAGAGCCACCCCCUCAGCUGGUCCAGAAACCUCUCGAAACCUCUCAUCUUUUGCUCUGCUUGACAUCUUAUCGCAGCGAUCUCUACCAUCGUCUAGAGAUACAAAACCGAGACAAUCGCCAGAACAACAUGCAUUGGACAGCCACUUUACUCUUCUCCCUCAGUGCCAUCGCCACGGUUGCUGCCGGGAGAUGUUCGAACGCCGCGGAUACAUCAACCGGCGUCGGAUUCGCUGCGUUUAUGGACGUCGCGGCCUCUUGGGAAGAGGGUAGUAUGCCCGCUGAAAUUAAGCCCAGCACGCACCGGGUCGCUAAAACCUUGCUCGAAUGUACCGACAUCUGUUGGUCUCAAUCAGACUGUCAGGGAGUGAUUUUCGUCGAAAAGACGGACGUUUUCGACAUGUAUGCGUGUGAGCUUUUCUACGAAGGGACUCCCACCAAUCUCAGGUCUCCCAAGGCGGGCAAGGGUAUUCAAGCGGUCGCUUGGCGUCGAGAUGGGACGUGCGAUGAUCCGGACGCGCAGAAGUUUGCCAAGGAUCACAAUUGUUGCGAUAUCUGGAUGCCAAAGGAUGGAAAUGCAUAGUACUUCUGUGAAGUCUGCGUUUCCGGAGGAAACUAUGUGGUAUCCAAAGACAGCUAAAGUAUCUGCAAUGGCAUCACGUCGUCGCUUGGAAACGAUAUAGUUGUCACAAGACUCGUCGAUCACAUGAUAUCGUCUACCUUUGCAAUGCCCGUUUUGUG